GGGUGGCACCGGAAGUGGCGAGCAGUCUGCGCGCGGAUGGCGGCAGCGGCGAUGGCGGCAGCGGCCGGUGGAGGGGCUGGCGCGGCCCGCUCCCUCUCGCGUUUCCGAGGCUGCCUGGCUGGCGCGCUGCUCGGGGACUGCGUGGGCUCCUUCUACGAGGCCCACGACACCGUCGACCUGACGUCAGUCCUGCGUCAUGUCCAGAGCCUGGAGCCCGACCCCGGCACGCCCGGGAGUGAGCGGACAGAAGCCUUGUACUACACAGAUGACACAGCCAUGGCCAGGGCCCUGGUGCAGUCCCUGCUAGCCAAGGAGGCCUUUGACGAGGUGGACAUGGCUCACAGAUUUGCUCAGGAGUACAAGAAAGACCCUGACAGGGGCUAUGGUGCUGGAGUAGUCACUGUCUUCAAGAAGCUCCUGAACCCCAAAUGUCGCAAUGUCUUUGAGCCUGCGCGGGCCCAGUUUAACGGGAAAGGCUCCUAUGGCAAUGGAGGUGCCAUGCGGGUGGCUGGCAUCUCCCUGGCCUAUAGCAGUGUCCAGGAUGUGCAGAAGUUUGCCCGGCUCUCGGCCCAGCUGACACAUGCCUCCUCCCUGGGUUACAAUGGCGCCAUCCUGCAGGCCCUGGCUGUGCACCUGGCCUUGCAGGGCGAGUCUUCCAGCGAGCACUUUCUCAAGCAACUCCUGGGCCACAUGGAGGAUCUGGAGGGUGAUGCCCAGUCCGUUUUGGAUGCCAGGGAGUUGGGCAUGGAGGAGCGUCCGUACUCCAGCCGCCUGAAGAAGAUUAGAGAGCUUCUAGACCAGGCAUCGGUGACCAGGGAGGAAGUGGUGUCUGAGCUAGGUGAGUGGGUCUGCCUGGCAUUGUCUCUCCCUCUGUCGUCCUUCAGGGUCGGUCUUGGGCUCAGGGGAGCAUGGAGUCAUGCCUGCCGUCACAUUGUACCCUGGGCUGCUGUGACACACAGAGUCAAUGGCAGGGUUGAGCUCAGUGCUUCUUGCUGUGAAGCUACAGCACCGUCAGCCUUGUGGAUCAGUGUCCUCAGAAAUGGCAGCUGGCCACUAGUUGUAAAAAUGUUGAUAAUGGAUUUUAUUUAUCUGGCAUCUAUACUGGGCACUGUGCAGAAUGCUUCGCAGACACAAUCUCGCUUCAUCCUCACAACAACCCUGUCAGAGAGUUGCUAACGUUACUCCAUGCCUGCUUAAGGAGUUGAAUCUGGGAGCAGGAAGCUUAGCGGUCCCCUAGGUAACUCUCCCAGUUACGCAGCCAGUAUGUGGUGGAGCCAGAAUUUGAGCCCAGGAGGUCUAACUGUAGAGCCUGAGAUCUUAGUCACAGCCUGCUUGAAGCCAAGAGUGCUGACUUGUGUCAAAUGGUAGGAGGCCUGGGGAUGCAUGGAGCCCCUCUAACCUGGCUUCCCCACAGGGAAUGGCAUUGCUGCCUUUGAGUCAGUACCCACCGCCAUCUACUGCUUCCUGCGCUGCAUGGAGCCAGACCCUGAGAUCCCUUCUGCCUUUAAUAGCCUUCAAAGGACUCUCAUCUAUUCCAUCUCACUUGGUGGGGACACAGACACCAUUGCCACCAUGGCUGGGGCCAUUGCUGGUGCCUACUAUGGGAUGGAUCAGGUGCCAGAGAGCUGGCAGCAAAGCUGUGAAGGCUAUGAGGAGACAGACAUCCUGGCCCAAAGCCUGCACCGUGUCUUCCAGAAGAGUUUAUGAGGGCUACAGCUGUUGGGGCUCUGCCAGGUCCCCUGGGACCAACUACAGCUCCAGUCAGAAACCCUGAGCUUCCUUGAGUGUGGCUCCCCACUUUUCCUGCAUUGUGGAGCUGACUGAGUACACCAGUGAGGCUGGGGUCUCUUAAGGGGAGGUCACUGGAACAGCGAGCAAGGGACUGGUGCCUCGCUGGUACUGAGUCUCUGGUUUGCUGCAGAGCCGUAGGACACUCCCGGCUCCUCAGUAGGACAGACAGACCCAGGCGGGUUUAUUUUGGAGGGGUACUUGUGGCAUUUUCCUGUAUUGUCUUGGACAUGGGAUGUGGGGAGGUGGAAAUGAUGAGCAGUAGCAUAAUUUCUCCCUGUUGGGUUUUAGCCAGUCUGCCAGCAAGCGCAUCCUAGCAGGGUCCCCGAGCAGCAGGUUGUGUGGAUGAAGGGACAGGCACUUGCAUCCAGCUGAUCUAGGUCACACCUGGCUCUUGGCUGCCAUGUGGCUUAUUAACAGCUUCCAGUGGAAGUCGCAAUAAACAGUUUUUGGUAAAUCUCA